AUGCAGGCCCGUAAUGCGACUAGCGGUAGUGGCUUCAAUGUGGCGCCGCACACGAAUAAUGCGCAAACACUCAACGCUCAAGACCGGAUGGCUCUGCGACAAGAAGCAGAAACGAUUGACACAACGAUCGCUGCACUUAGAGCACGCAUAAUCGAGCUUAAAAUCCGUAAAAAGUGCAACGUCAACCAAUCUCGCCCACUUGCUUCCUUUGCUUGUAGCUCUCGAGGAACUCGUGCUAGGCGAUGGAUGCAACUUCAACGACUUCCGAAGCAAUAUUGCUUUUCGACGAAUCGAAUUACCUUUCUUGACGACAUUGCGUCUCCUUGGAGAGAACUCAUAUACAAGGGGGAGGAUUCCAUCCUGGAAUGUCUCUCGCGCUCCUCGGGUAACAUAACUUCUCUGUCCCUCACGAACAUAGCCUAUCCGGUGUUCCGUCUAUUCCUUGAAAAUCCGGUCAUUAGUGAGGCUCUCGAGGAUCUUACAGUCACCCUACUGCCAAUGACUCACCGGGAGAACGAGGCCCUCACUAUCUUCCUCUCCCGCACCAACUUCCUUCCACGUCUCGAAUCGCUGACCCUUGGAACACCCACUGCCGCUGGCCGCGGGCCCUCGCCAACUCUUCGCGCGAUAGUAGAUGGUUUAGGUCAGCGGGUUCUGGUCGCGACUUCGCAUAAUCGGAGGCAUGAGAUUAUACUAUGCACCGUCUCGUCUACUAGUACCCUCUUGUAG